AUGUUGUAUGAGUUAAUUGCCAUUGUCCGCCCGGGCAGCCUCAGCGAGGUUCGGGAAAUUGCCCGUAAUGCCGGUGUUCAGGUCAUUCGUUCCGGCGGUGUUGUCCGUGGCUUCACCAACUGGGGCGCGUUCCGUCUGCCCAAGGUCACCACCAAACACCAAGCCCGAUACAGUGAAGGCCACCACUUCAUCAUGCGUUUCGACUCCUCCGGUCCUGUUCAGGCCUCUAUUCGCCGCACUCUCGGUCUGGAUCCGCGUAUGAUCAACUUUUCUGUUGUCAAACUUGGUGACAAGCUCGAGGACAUCAAGGACGUCAGCGGAAAGGUCGAAUGGAACAACACCAAAAAUAUCAGUGACUCCAUCUAG